UUGCCUGCAUUACCUUUACUUGUCGCUUAGCGGCGCUAGUGAACAAAAUGGCGACAGUCAUGCAGAGAAUCGUAAAACCCAAGACCCAGGCAGCAAAGCGAGCGUUGGAGGUGAGAGCACCAAAAUUAGAGGAGAACGACAAGGUGGCCAUGUUCAUUAAGGGUGGACACACCAGUGAGACUAUCACACAGGUGCUCAAGGAGCUGUAUUUACUGAAGAAACCAAAUGCCAUCUCAUUCAAAAGGAAAAACAUCAUGAGACCCUUUGAUGACCAGUCCUCAAUAGAGUUUUUCUCCCAGAAGAAUGAUUCUUCCUUGUUCCUGUUUGGGUCCCACAGCAAAAAAAGACCAAACAACCUUGUACUUGGUCGUCUGUAUGACCACCAUGUGUUAGACAUGGUAGAGCUGGGUGUGGUGAACUUCAGGUCCAUGCAGGACUUCCCUACAGAGAAGAUCGCCAUGGGAACCAAACCCUGCCUGGUGUUUGAAGGAGAGGCCUUCGAGCAGGACCACGAGCACAGGAGGCUCAAGAACAUGCUGAUAGACUUUUUCCGAGGCGUGAAGGCGAACAACGUGCGACUACAGGGUUUAGAACAUGUGCUACAGUUUACAGCGCUGGACGGCAAGGUCAUGGUCAGGAGUUACAAAGUCCUGCUGAAGAAGUCCGGCAGCCGUACCCCUCGUGUGGAACUGUCGGAGAUCGGCCCUGCGCUGGACCUGGAGGUACGCAGAACACGCCUGGCCUCAGAUGACCUCUACAAGAAGGCCUGCAAGAAACCCAAGAAGGGCAAGCCCAAGAAGGUGAAGAAUGUGAAGACUGACGUGUUUGGAGCUAAGAUGGGGCGUGUCCACAUGGAGAGACAAGACUUCAGUAAACUCCAGACCAGGAAGAUGAAGGGUCUGAAGAGACAGGCACCAGGAGACACGGAGACCGCCAAGAAGGCAAAAACAGAGUCUUCAGAACUCGCAGAGUCCUGACGCUUCAGGAACUUUAUAAGUGGUGUGUAAAUCAUAAUGUAUUAUUAUGAUAUUGAACCAGUGUUUAAGCCAGCCUGAAAUUUUUUGGUCAUUUGGUCAAUUUUCUUUGGUGUUCCCAUGAAAAUUAGAAAUCUUGACCCUUUGAAAGGCUAUUUCCUGCAUUUUGAGAGGCAAAAUUUGCAGGUAGACUAACCUUAGUUUAGCAGCAUCUCUUUCUAUCAUCAUCUUUUCCUACAUAUUCCAUAUCUCGAUUUUUGUUCAUCAAAUAUAAUCGAUUGGGCAAAAUUUGUGUUCGUCAUGACUGACAAAAUGCUAUCAAAUGAUGGAAAGACAGACGCUGGCUAGAACCCAACUCUUCUCAUCAACAAAACUUUGAUACCCUAAAGUACUGAAAGAUAAAAAUACCUCAAAAUUGUACCUGAGUAUUAUAUAAAACCUUAAGAAUUGUGCUACUUGCAUAUGACUCCAAGAUUUGGAGUUUAAUUUUGUAAGCUAUGCUAGUUGUUACAUACAUGUAGUAAUGCUGGUAUACUACUGUGUCUACCAGUAUGAUAUUAAUAUGUUUCAACUAAUACGUAACAGUACAUAACUAUAUGUAUGUCAAA